AUGCCCGUGGAUUAUCAGAGAUACACAUCUGGAGGUAAAGGUAAUUUUGGUAUGUUUAUUGAGAGAGAACCAAAGAUUUGUGCGGCAGGUUUACCCACAGCUCAACCUGACGACUUUGUAAAGGACAGUUUGCAACAUUAUUUAUUGAAAGACGAAGUCGAUGCUCUAAUGAGCGAUGCUAUACUGCCUCCAAAGAAACCCAGAUCACUGCCACCUCUACGUCAUCCAAUACCACUUGACAAACGUUUUGCCGGUCCAUUUGGACAAGUCGCAGAACUUAUAAAUCCACCAAUUAAAACAAAAUUUGAGACUUUGGUAGCUGAACUCAAGGAUACUCCUUACUCGUCAUAUUGGAAAAAACCUCUUGGUGAAACAUGUGAUCAAGUCCCAAUGCUGCCUGAAGGUUUUGAUAUUUUAGGAACUACUUUUGGAAAAACAACUGAAUUUCAUGGUAAUUUAUAUGAUAUAGUAAUGCCUAAAGAGCCAAUAACUGAUAAAACUCCUAUACCAAAGCAACCCGGCAUUCAAAUCGUGCGUAAUUAUUGCAGCCCUCCUUUUAAUCCAAAUUUGACAUUUGGACACAGAACAUUUGUUGAUAAACGUGGUUCUUACGCUAAAUGUUGCGUAACAGAUGAUAGAAUUUUGCUUGGGAAUAGUCAACGGACUAUAUUAAAUAGUAUCCAAUCGGACAUACAAGAAGCCAAUCAAUCCAGAAUAGGAACUGUUUUAGCUCCUAAUGAAAAUAUUAAUAAUGUUCCAAGAGCUUAUGCUUUUGGAAAAAUGAAAGCUCCAGAUAAUUUACUGGAGUGCUUAACCUUUUGUAGUAUAAAUCCAGACCGAGAUUUUUUUAGAAAAUGCUUGGCUCAUCUCAAUUCUCUUCGAAAAUGUUUAUCAGUUCGUUUUCUUCCUACGUUUUUUCGUGGAUUUUAUUUGAAUAUAAAAUUUUAUGAUAAGAAAAAGUCAGGUUGGGUUCUAAAAGGCACUGUGUAUAACGAAUGCGCGUCAAAACUUAUAAGGUUUGAUCCCACUUUAAUUGAGCCGUUACUAUCUAUGUGGAAAGCUUUUGAUGGAACAUGUAUUGAAUAUAAAACAUUUGUUGAUGUUAUUAAUUACAAAAAACCUUUACCAAAUCUUCCUAAAAUAUUAGAUUUACCAUUGGAUUGUCUUGACUUUCGUACAACUUAUACAGAUAUGGUGAGACCUGGACAAGAGGAGAAUAAAUUGCCAAUGGCAGGACUACCUUCAGGUCGAUACUUUGACUUAGAUUAUCCUAUAACACCAGAAAGGUAUUGUAAAGCUGAUCGAACGUGCUUACCUCACGAAUCUGACAUGAAAGCUGGUCUUUGUCCUAGUAUUUUAACAUUAUUACAUGUUAAUCAUAGGGAUAUGUAUGCCAGACGUGACCCAGAUACAAUAAAAAAAGUUUUUGAAGCGACGGGAGAAUCUUUAAGUGAGGAAAAAUUUAAUUCAGUUUGGGAGGAAGCUAAAAAAUACCAUUCACAAGAGUGGGUUUGUUUUGAAACAUUUCGAAAAGCUUUAGAAUUGUACUCAAAAAAUAAUGAGGAAAAUAAAAAUAUA